AAUAAGGCGCGGGCGAUCGGCAGGGCAACCUGCCGAACAGACUUUUUUUUCUUUUGCUACAAAGUAACGAAUUUCCAAGAUGGGAUUCGAUGAAGGUCAGAUAAUUUUAGACAGUGAUAAUGGUGCUUAUUUUGCCGGUCAAACUGUUCACGGUCGUGUCGUAUUUGAUCAACAAAAAGUCAAAACAAUACAUGGUAUUUAUGUGGAUAUGAAAGGAUUUUGCAAAGUUCACUGGACGACAUCGGAAUCACGCCGAGUUAACAACCGCACACAGUUCCACACUGUGAACCACGAUUCUUACGAGGAAUAUUUCAACAACAAAGUCUUCAUUUUUGGUGACAAUAAUGGUGAACACCACCUGCAGCCAGGUACUCAUGACUUCAAAUUCCAGUGCCACAUCCCAGCUAACUGUCCGUCGUCUUACGAAGGCGAACACGGACACAUUCGAUACCGCAUCAAGGUUGUCAUGGUUACCUCUGGAAUGUUCUCCUUAAAUAAGGAAAAGAAGGUUGCCGUGAGAGUUCACGCGCCUUUAGACCUUAACCUCAACCCGUACUGCAAGGAACCGUUGGAGUACGAGCUACUGAGUUCCUUCUGCUGCUGGUGCAUGAGCGCGGGCUCUGCCGAGGUGCGCGUGCGCCUGCCCGUGUCCGGGUACUGUCCCGGGCAAGUCAUGCCCAUGGAGGUCAACUGCAAGAACCCCAGCAGUGUCGAUAUCGAUAAAAUUAAGUUUGCUAUUAAAAAGGACAUAACAUUCACCGCUACAUCGGUAGCCGGGACGAGGUACGACCACGACACAGUAGCGGAGAUCACGAAGGGCCCCGUCCCCGCCGGCACCACCCGCAACUGGACCGUCGAGAUGGAAGUGCCCUCCAUGGACGUGUACAACGUCGACGCCUGCCGAUUUAUCGAUAUCACUUAUACUUUAAAGAUUUCCACUGAAGCCGAUGGCUGCCAUGAAAACUCUGAAGACAUCCGCCCUAUAAUAUUCGGCACAGUACCUCUAGUGGGCUACCAAGACAAUGUGCAGAAUCCCCUGCAUGACCAGCUCCCAAACCCUAUAGGGAUGCAAAAUGUACCGGCAGUGAACUGCUACCCUCCUCCGCCGAUCAUGAACCAGCCGUUAUCAAACUCGCCUUACCCUAACCCUCCUUACCAGAACGCAUCUCCUUACCCCACCGCAAACCCGCCUUACCCCACGCCUCCAGGAAAUCUGGGCAUGCCUAACGUCUCACCAUACCCGUCAAAUACUCCGUACUCAACAACACCCAAUCUUGAUAGAAAAUCACCUUAUCCGGGUGUUUCGCCGUACCCGGCUGCAAACCCGCCUUAUCCUGUGACGCCUAAUCAAGGCACUAAUCCUCCUUACCCAGUGACUUCCCCUAAUCAAAGUGCGAAUACUCCUUACCCGGGUGCAAACCCUCCAUACCCAAAUAAUACUCCUAACCCGGGAGUUAAUCCUCCUUAUCCAGUAACAAGUCCUGUGGCAAACCCUCCCUACCCAGUUUCGAGUCCUGCUGCAAAUUCUCCCUACCCUCCUUCUAAUUCGCCUUACCCGCCUGCCAGUACUCCAUACAAUACGGAUAUGACGUCUCCCGCUUCCUUCAAAACAGGCACGUUAGGGUUCACGGUCAGUCCGCUGCAGAAGAGCAAUGAUCCAGCCAGCGUGCCGUUGUUACCGCCAGGGGCUAAUCCGCCAUAUCCUUCCAAUCCUUACGCGUCUGCGUCUGCGCCUGAGCCGUCAACACCAGGCAGUGAUCAAAAAACAUUGAAUGAUUCGUCUGGCGGGAACGAUAACUCACCGUACAACCCAUCAUUUAUACCCGAAAAGCAAGAAAACCAUAACUAAAGACCUAUUGUUACGUAAGUCGCCAUUUACAUAAUAAAUGUAAAAGUACAGUGUCAUAAAACUUAUGAAAGUUCGAGCGAGAUGUAAGUACACUUAAGCGGUAUGUUAGAAAAAGAUGGUGAUAGCGUGCUCUAAACAGCGCCAAGUAACACUUUAGUAUUUUAUAAGCACAAAAAAUAUAAAUGUUUUCUGUCUAUUAAAGUAGUCAAUAUGCGAUAUUUUUCUAAUGAAAAGUAGUAUUUUAUGGUACUUACUUUUUCGUACAAAAGAAGAUAUUUACAAUUAGUACUUGUAGGAAAUAUCAAUAUGUCAAUGUUUUAUAAAAAAAAUAUACGGCCUACUUGAUGAUCCUCUUUUGGGAAACCCGAAUAAGUUCGGUUUCCGGAUUCCGAAGGGAUAAGUUGUGGUCACAGUCUUCUAGACAAUGGCUGGUCGUUAACAAUUAACCCUGUAUAAAUGAUAGCAUUUCCUCUGGAUCGCCAGACCACUAAAUAAGAAAUACUACUUUUAUUUCAGUAAGUUUCGAAUAGAAAUAAAGACAACCAGUUGCAUAAAAAGUACACUUAACUACAAAAGACUUUAAAUAAUCUCGUUAACUUCUUAUACAAUCAGUUUUUAGCUAUUAUAACGUACAUCUAUAUUAUUAUGUAGUUUUAAAUGUUACGUCAAUAAUAUACAAUUUUUGAAGUACCUAUUUUUCGUCCGUGUAUCUUUAAAGUGAAUUCUUCUAUGAGCCUUUUAGAUUUUACAAUAUGACUUGAAAGUAGGUUUAUACUGAUAAAUAUUUCUCUAAAAUGUUAUUAAGAUAACUAGAUGUAGUUUUGCUAUUGAAUAUAUUUUUUGCUUAUGAAAUGUGUGCUUUAUGAAGUAGCCUUAAAAGUGCAUAGCACUGCUGUAUUGAUGCAAUCUAUAAUCGCCUUUGUGUUGUUAGCAGUAAGGGUUUUUUUACAACACAUGAACAGAUAUAAUAAAUUUUUGGAAAGUUUCAACCCUAAUGCUAACAACUUAAAGGCGAUUUUAGUUUAUUCUAUUUUGUAUUAAUGAAAGUAGGUACACUAAGUUCCGGUUUCUCAAACCUAUUAUACUAAUAAUUUACUAAAGCAAAA